AUGGCAGAAUCAGAAGAUGUUAAAACAGAAGGUACCAAAAGCGUUAUUAGAAACAACGAGGCGGCAUUGAAGGAGAUUGUUAAAAAAGCUGAACAGAAUAUUAUCCAGUGCAUUAAACACUCCAACCAGUUACCGAAAGUAGGCGGCUCAUUUGAACUUUAUGCGUCGUACCCGGCAUUUAUUCAGUUCAUGGAAGAACAAGAAACUCGUAUCUUGAAACUUUCUGGUCUUCGAGUCAGAAUCCCCAAGACUCUUGGCGAUGUCGAAGAGUUAUUCGAUACUUUGGUUGAAGCGAAUGAUAGGAUAUUUGAAAGAAUGGGAGUAUUACUAGAUAAUGCUGCUAAAGAAGGUACAGAAGAAGCCAAUGUGGUGCCUAGGGUUGAACCAGGUGCUGAAAGCACUAUUAUACAGGCCCCAAGUCGUUACAGCGCUCUUGCCGCACGUGCUAAUGCAGCAUCAACGUCAUCGAAUUCACAUUUACCUGCAGAUCUGCCUGUAAUAAUUGGAAAACCACAAGAUGUUUAUUCUAUUCCUGUUGAUAAUAGUCACGGGAAAUUUAUCUCAAAGUUGAAAAUAAAACACCAUUCAUUUAAAAGGUCAGCAGGGAACUUGUGCAUUACUGACAGUAAUGAUGAUAAAAACACUGCGGAGUGGGCCAGUGAUGAAGCAGAACAUGCCCAUCCGUAUCAAAUUGAACUCGAUCAUUUCUCGGUUCCAGACGGGCAACUUGAAGCUGGAGAUGUAGUGCCAUUAAAGUCUGUUGAAGAAACAAAGCUAGUUAUAAUAGAUACAGUUGAAAAACUGGUUGAACUACGUGAUACUUUGAAUGGAGAAACAGAGUUUGCUGUCGAUUUAGAGCACCAUGACUACCGGUCUUUCUUGGGCUUAACGUGUUUGAUGCAGAUAUCAACGAGAACAACUGAUUAUAUAAUUGAUCCUUUUCCAGUGUGGGGAAAGAUGGGUAUCCUAAAUGAACCAUUUACGGAUCCAAAAAUCUUGAAAGUUUUUCAUGGCGCUGAGCGCGACGUUCUCUGGUUGCAGCGAGACUUUGGAAUUUAUGUUGUGAACAUGUUUGAUACUUAUUUUGCUUCCGAAAUAUUAAACUUUGCUAGACAUAAUUUAGGCUAUAUAGUUAGUGUUUUUUGUGACAUUGCCCUUGACAAGUCUAUGCAGAAGUCAGACUGGAGAAUCCGGCCACUUAGCGAAGCACAAAUCGAGUACGCAAGACGAGACACUCAUUUUCUUUUGCAUUGUUAUGAUAAGCUUAGGCAGAAUUUACUGGAAAGCGGAAAUGAGAUGAAGAAUUUGUUGCAUUAUGUGUACGAUAAGUCAAAGCUAUUAUGUUUAAAGGUUUACGAGAAGCCAGUUUUUGAAAGCAAAGGUUUUGAGAUGAUGAUUGAGAAACGGCUGAAUUCUCAGCAGCGUUACGCACUGAGUGCUUUAUACAGAUGGCGAGACGAAAGAUCCAGAGCUGAAGACGAAAGUAUAGACUAUGUCCUUCCCAACCACAUGCUUCUGAAAAUUGCUGAGGUACUGCCGCGAGAACUCCAAGGUAUUCUAGCUUGUUGUUAUCCUGUUCCACCAUUUGUUAAGCAAGAACUUCACAUACUGCAUCAUAUUAUUCACGAAGCACGUGACCAACCUCUUAUCAAAUCGUCACUUGCUACGGCUACUGUUGCAAAAUUAACUUUUGACAGUGUACUAGCAAAAAUUAGCAAGAUGACAAAGUCAAAGGCAUUAUUAAAGUGUCAUUUGGACUUUUCUUCAACAAAAUUUGAUGAGAGCAUCAGAACUUUUACUGCAAGAGUGCAUGAAAACGAUGGCGACUCUCCAGAGAAGGAAUGCUCUUACUCUCUUGUAGGGGAUAUUUAUGCAGGAGAUAAGUUUGAAAUUGGAAAUUUGGUCACACAGAAGGUUUUGGAAGCUCCAGGUGAAAAAGUCAAGAAAGUGUUGGGAGAACUGGAUGAUUGGGCUACGCCAUACGAGUGUUACAAGAUAGCUUUAGAACAAGAAGAAGUCAAGGAAAAGCAACAACAGGAACUGCAGAAAAGAAUUGAGGAAGAAGAGAAAAAUCAGCCGAAAAAAGUUUGGACACACCAUGAUCCAGCAAGAAUACAGGAACCAGUUUCUGUGAAGGGUAUGACAGAAGAUGAAAUGCAAAUAGUAUCAAAGCGGAAAAAGAAGAAGACAGUAUCAGAAGAGAAAUCAGAUUCUUUUUCUGUACCAUAUCCUGAAAUGAUUAUGACUAAGAAGGCCUUGAAACGAAAACUGCGACAUGAAAAGAAGAGCGCUGAUAUUCGAUUUAAUGACACAAGUGCAGGCCCUCCUCCAAAGAAACCUGAAAAAAAGAACAAAACAGAUGCUGAGGAACAAGUGUCAGUUGAAAAGCCGAUUAAAUAUGAAAAUUUUGAUAUGAAAACGUUUUACGAGCCUGUUGUGUUUGCGAGGGAUUUGAGGGAUUCGAAUGUUUUAGGAAACCCAGAAAUGAGUGGUGCUUACGAUCCUUUUCGGAGUGGCUGUAAUGAACUUAGCUUGGGGCGAUCAAAUACUAAUCGGGGUCGUUUUUCCAGAGGACGGUCAAGAGGUGGUCAUUUCAUGAGAGGAACUCGAUUCUGA